GCAAUUGUAUUUUUUCUCGUGUAUUUAUACAGGAAUAGAGUCACAAUAUCGAAAGUAAUAAUGAUUUUAAGGCAGUUUCAUAGAUCGCUCUACAUGUCUGAACUUAAGAAACAGACCAGUUUUUCUCAAAUGGCAGCCAAAACAACAGUAAAAGAAAGCCAAGUCAAACCAAUUGUGAUUAUUCUGCCUUGGUUAGGUGCAAAUGAAAAAGCUACAGAAAAAUAUGCCCAACUUUAUAGAUCUCUUGGAUUCAAUGUAAUAAAAAGAGAUUCAAAAAUGACGGACUUUUUGUUGCCGAAAAAGGGUUUUGAAAAUAGCAAAAACUUUUUGACUCAGCUGGAACAUAAUACACAGCCGAUUGUUGUCCAUUCUAUGUCAAUUGGUUGUUAUUUCUAUAGUCUAAUGCUGCUAGCCAUGGAAAACGAACCCGAAAAAUAUGCAAAUAUUGCUAAAAACAUCCAAUUCCAAGUAUGUGACAGUCCUGUAGUAGGGACAAUAAAAGAAAUGGCUUUUGGAGUGUCAAGUAUGGUAACAAACAACUCUGCAUUGAGAGCACUUAUGAAGAUGGUAACUUUGGGUUAUUUUUUCUUGAGCAAGCCUUUUACUGUCAAGUAUUACGACACAGUACUUGAACUCAUCAAAUACAGAUGCCCAGCAGUGCCUUCUUUACUCAUGACCUCAAAAAACGACCCGAUGGCAUGCCCUGAAGCUUUUCAGAGCUUUGUAAAAGCCUGGGAAGACAGGGGGUGCAAAGUAGCAACCAAAAUCUGGGAAAAAUCCGAACAUGCGCGCCAUUUGCAUAACCAUCCAAAUGAAUACAGAGCAUUGAUUACAGAUCUUUUAAAGGAUGGAUUUAAAAUAGAAUCAAAAUUGUAAAGACCUAAAAACAAAGAAAAGACAUGAAAAAAAAGAGAAAAAGACAAUUUGUAAAGUUCUAUAAAAUUCAAAUCACAAAGAGACAUAAAUUCUUUUCAGUAAAGUUUUUAAAAAAGAUUCCCAUUUUUAAAGGGACAUGGAGGCUUUUAAAGUCUAAUUCUGUUGCAAUAUUAUGUGGUCAUUUAUUACUAACGUACUAAUAAUUCUACUGACUUGUUUUCAAUAAUAAAAUUCACUGCACAAGG